AUGCAGCUACGCUGGGCUCUCGUUGCAGUGGCCCUCGCUCUGUCAUUUUGGCGAUUCCGGAGAACCCCAAAGCAACCUCACAUUGUGUUCAUCCUGGCCGAUGACCUGGGAUGGAACGACGUGAGCUACCAUGGCUGUCCCCAGAUCCGGACUCCCAACAUCGACGCCCUCGCGUGGAACGGGGUCCGCCUGAGCCGCUACUACACCCAGGCCCUCUGCACUCCUUCCAGGGCUGCGCUGCUCACUGGAAUGUACCCGAUCCACACAGGAAUGCAGCACUCGGUCCUUUUCCAGGAAGAGCCACGGGGUCUUCCACUCAAUCUAAAGCUUCUUCCUCAGUGGUUGGGUGAUCUUGGAUAUGACGCCCACAUCAUAGGAAAAUGGCACCUGGGAUUCUACAAGAAAGAGUACACGCCCACAAUGCGUGGUUUCCGAACUCACGUCGGGAGUUGGGGCUGCUUCGUCGACUACUACUCUCACGAAAAGACAAUGAGUGGACCUGCCACGCAUCCCUCAGGACUGGACUUCCGGCGCGAUUUUCGUGCCUCCCACUUCGAUUCCGGAAAGUAUCUGACACACUUGCUGACCGACGAAGCCACAAAACUCAUCAUGAACCACCCGGACGAAAAGCCACUGUUCCUGUAUCUGGCCCAUCAAGCUCCUCACUCGGGCAACUUCGUCAGACUCGAAGUGCCUGAAACCUACACCGAGCAGUACCGGGACAUCGGCUCUAAAAAUAGGACUUUGUAUGCUGGCAUGGUGUCUGCGCUCGACGAGUCCGUAGGCGCCGUAUUCGAAGCUCUCGACAAACGAGGAAUGCUGAGCAACAGCAUAGUGGUCUUCAGCUCGGACAAUGGCGGCGCCCCGGAUGAGGAAACUUACAACAGUGGAUCCCCAUGGCCUCUCAGGGGACAGAAGAUGUCACUCUCGGAAGGAGGGGUCCGAGCACCGGCGCUUCUCUGGAGUCCUCUUCUGUCCGCAGCCGAGGGCUCCAUCUUUGACGGCCUCUUCCACAUCACCGACUGGCUGCCCACAUUCUACGAGCUCGCGGGAGGCAGUCCUUCCUCCUUGGGUGCCAUCGACGGCGUGAGUCAGCUGGGUGCUCUGACCAGACAGACAACUGCUCCGAGAAAGGAAGUCCUUAUCAACAUCGACCCGGAGGAAAAUUGUUCCGCCAUCAUCGAAGGAAACUUCAAACUCGUGCUCGGUGUCGCCGAGCAAGGCCUGUACGAGAAUUGGUAUCCACUUUUGGGACACGUUGACUGGGAGUCGGACAAGCCCCGACAAGAAUGCGAAAAAUCAGUGGUCGCACGAGUUCUGGAGCAUCACGGUGUAAGACCUGUUUGUGGGUCCAGGACUGGUGCCUACGCAACGCCUGUCCAAUGUGGAGCUCGAGACCCUAGCAGAGAGUGCGUGCCGACAAAGUCGCUUUGCUUGUUUAACCUGUCUAAGGACCCCUGCGAGUACAACAACGUUGCUGACCAACAUCCAGAGGUUGUGGAGCGACUCCUAGCAAAGCUGGCCACCUACAACGCGUCGUCUAUUCCUCCUGCCAAUGUUCCCCUCGAUAUGCGAUCUAACCCUGCAUUGCAUGACAACGUGUGGGUUUCGUGGGGUGACCUUUAUUUAUGA